UCAUUCACACACAGUAUAGAUCACGUGUCUCGCAAGCGGGAAAAUCUCACAAACAACUCUUAACAAAAACUGGCGGGAACUCGUUAGCCUUUCACACCACAUUCUCCCACUUCUCUACCGGCUCUCUCUUCCGGUUCCAAUGAGCAACGCUUCACGAAAGCGCGCGGCGUCGGCGGUGGCGCCACAACCUCCGCCGCCAAAGCAAGUCUUAAUGACUCAGGAAGAGGACUUCAUGGACGAAGACGUGUUCAUCGACCAAACCCUUGUUUCAGAAGAUGAAGAGUCCCUCAUUCUCCGCGACAUCGAGCAGCGCCAGGCCCUCGCCGCGCGGCUAUCCAAGUGGACGCGUCCUCCUCUCUCCGAUGAUUACGUCGCACAAUCUCGAGGCGUCGUUUUUCAGCAGUUGGAGAUUGAUUAUGUGAUCGGGGAGAGUCACAGGGAGUUGCUGCCGAACUUGUCUGGACCUGCUGCUAUUAUCAGAAUUUUUGGUGUUACGAAAGAAGGACACAGUGUUUGCUGCAAUGUUCACGGCUUUGAACCAUAUUUCUACAUCUCUUGCCCUCCUGGAAUGGGUCCAGAUGAUAUCUCUCAUUUUCACCAAGCACUUGAGGGAAGGAUGAGAGAAGCCAAUAGAAAUAGUAAUGUAGGAAAAUUCGUUCGCCGCAUUGAAAUGGUGCAGAGGAGAAGUAUUAUGUACUAUCAGCAAUCUGAUUCUCAGCCCUUUCUCAAAAUAGUAGUUGCACUCCCAACAAUGGUUGCCAGCUGCCGUGGUAUUCUUGAUAGGGGUAUUCAGCUUGAUGGUCUGGGAAUGAAGAGCUUCUUGACUUAUGAAAGCAAUGUACUUUUUGCUCUACGGUUCAUGAUUGAUUGCAACAUAGUUGGUGGAAAUUGGAUUGAAAUUCUGGCAGGAAAAUAUAAAAAGAUAGUGAAAAGCUUGUCUUAUUGCCAGUUGGAGUUUGAUUGCCUGUAUUCUGAUUUGAUUAGUCAUGCUCCAGAAGGGGAGUAUUCAAAGAUGGCUCCAUUUCGCAUAUUGAGUUUUGACAUUGAGUGUGCUGGUCGUAAAGGUCACUUUCCCGAGCCUAGCCAUGAUCCUGUUAUCCAGAUUGCUAAUUUGGUUACUUUACAAGGAGAAGACCAGCCACUUAUUCGCAAUGUGAUGACCCUUAAAUCAUGUUCUCCUAUUGUUGGUGUUGAUGUGAUGUCAUUUGAUACGGAAAGAGAAGUCCUACUUGCUUGGAGGGUAAUAUACUUAUCAAGCAAAAGAAUUUCAGAACUCAUCCCCUCAUAUGGUGAAUCCAUUAUGGGUAUUCUAAAUGUGAGAAAUCGACCAUUCAAAAUUCAUACUCUGCUCGUCAAUGUGCAGGAUGCAUAUCUUCCUCAGCGGCUUUUGGAUAAACUGAUGUUCAUUUACAACUAUGUGGAGAUGGCUCGAGUAACAGGUGUUCCAAUUUCUUUUCUACUUUCCAGAGGCCAAAGCAUUAAGGUACUUUCUCAACUUCUUAGGAAAGCAAGACAGAAGAAUCUGGUCAUUCCUAAUGUCAAGCAGGUUGGGUCUGAACAAGGAACAUUUGAAGGUGCCACUGUGUUGGAGGCAAGAGCUGGAUUUUAUGAAAAACCAAUCGCUACGUUAGAUUUUGCAUCCCUGUAUCCAUCUAUUAUGAUGGCCUAUAAUUUAUGUUAUUGCACUCUGGUGACUUCUGAAGAUGCUCGCAAGCUCAACAUCCCUUCAGAGUCCUUGAACAGAACUCCAUCUGGUGAAACAUUUGUUAAAUCAAAUCUGCAGAAGGGAAUACUGCCUGAAAUACUUGAAGAGCUAUUAACAGCCCGUAAAAGGGCAAAAGCAGAUUUAAAGGAGGCAAAGGAUCCCCUGGAGAGGGCAGUGCUAGAUGGUAGGCAGCUGGCCCUGAAAAUUAGUGCAAAUUCCGUCUAUGGGUUUACUGGGGCUACCAUUGGUCAGUUACCAUGUUUAGAGAUAUCAUCGAGUGUAACAAGCUAUGGUCGACAAAUGAUUGAGCACACAAAAAAACUUGUGGAAGAUAAAUUCACGACACUUAAUGGCUAUGAACACAAUGCUGAGGUAAUAUAUGGAGACACGGAUUCAGUCAUGGUACAAUUUGGUGUUUCUGCAGUAGAACAGGCCAUGAACUUGGGGCGAGAAGCUGCCGAAUAUAUAAGUGGAACUUUCACAAAACCCAUCAAGCUAGAAUUUGAGAAGGUUUAUUAUCCAUAUCUCUUGAUUAGCAAGAAGAGAUAUGCUGGUUUGUUUUGGACAAAACCAGACAAGUUCGACAAAAUGGACACUAAAGGUAUUGAAACAGUUCGAAGAGACAAUUGUUUGUUGGUCAAAAACCUGGUGAAUGAUUGUCUUCACAAAAUACUGAUUGACAGGGACAUUCCAGGGGCUGUCCAGUAUGUCAAGAACGCAAUUUCAGAUCUACUCAGGAAUCGUAUGGAUUUAUCACUGUUGGUUAUUACAAAGGGUUUAACAAAGACAGGAGAUGAUUAUGAAGUAAAGGCAGCUCAUGUUGAACUUGCUGAAAGGAUGCGCAAGCGAGAUGCUGCCACUGCUCCAAAUGUUGGAGACAGAGUACCUUAUGUAAUUAUCAAAGGUGCAAAAGGUGCGAAGGCAUAUGAGAAAUCAGAGGACCCUAUUUAUGUUCUAGAGAACAACAUACCAAUAGAUGCUCAAUACUAUCUUGAGAAUCAAAUUAGCAAGCCGAUCCUCAGAAUUUUUGAGCCAAUUCUGAAGAAUGCUAGCAGAGAACUUCUCCAUGGAAGUCAUACAAGAUCUAUUUCUAUUUCUACUCCGUCAAAUAGUGGCUUAUGGAAAUUUACUAAGAAAGAGCUUACCUGCAUUGGCUGUAAAGCUGUAUUAGGGAAGGAUCAUCACACCGUCUGUUCACAUUGCAAAGGAAGGGAAGCUGAGCUAUAUUGUAAAACGGUAUCUCGAGUGUCUGAGCUGGAGAUGCAUUUUGGGAAGUUGUGGACACAGUGUCAGGAGUGCCAAGGUUCACUUCAUCAAGAUAUUCUCUGCACAAGUCGGGAUUGUCCAAUCUUUUAUCGACGAAAGAAGGCACAGAAAGAAAUGUCUGAAGCACAAUCACAAUUGGACCGGUGGAGCUUUUAAGUUUGGUCAAGGUCAGUUUUUUUUUUUGUUUUUGUUUU